UGAAGCGGUGAGUGAGCGAGCGAGCGAACCCAAUAACAGAAGCCGCACAGGCUUCUUCUCGGCCUCCCUCUGUUUGUGUGUGUGUGUCUCUGCUAUUUAUCAUGUUCAUUCCAACCAACAAUCACUUUUCCAUAUCAGCCGUUCUAAUCCAAGUGAGCUAGCUGCCUGGAACUUGAUUUCAAUUUUGAUUUGAGCAUAUGAAUGUGUUUCUGCUAUUGGGUUUGGCUAUCUGUCUCCAAUGUAGUUUGAAUUGCCAUGUGGUUCAGAUGUACUUUGUCCAGAAAGAUCACACUACCAAUACGUACUUCUUGCCCUUUCAUGGCUGGAAAUGGUGCUAAUGGUUUCAAGUGUGUUUCCUCAUCCUCCCAAUUUGCACUUGCCUACUUGAACUCCUGUCCCACUUCCUCUGAUGAUGAAGACCUUGAAUCUUCAACUGCUGCUGCUACUUCUAGUAGCUCUUGCUUAACCACCCAAAACAUCCACCAUAGCUCCUCUGAAUUAGACACCAUCAGAGUUGUUGAAAAGCUAAGAAGUCUUGGAACAAAACCCAAGGACGCUUUUUUGUUCUUCCACGAAGUGAAGAGAGCUGGUUUCCAGCACAAUGUCUCCACCUAUGCUGUUCUUGUUGCUGUUUUAUGUUCCUGGGGCUUGGAUAGGAUGUUGGAUUCUCUGUUCUUGGACCUUAUUGAACAUCCACCAUUCCAAAUAUCAGAGUUGUUGGAAAAGCUCAGAGAGGAACUUGUGGUUGGUCAAUUGCUGGUUCGAGCUUAUGAUGCCUUAGUUAAAUCUUUUGUCAGUGUUGCCAAGUUUGAUGAUGCUAUAGAUGUUCUGUUCUCGGAAAAAAGGUGUGGACUUGUUCCACAUAUCUUCACCUGUAACUUUCUUAUGAACCGCUUGACUAAGCACGGUAAAAUGGAUAUGGCUAUAGCCAUUUACAUGCAGUUGAAAAGUAAUGGUUUGAGAGCUAAUGAUUACACCUAUGCAAUUGUAAUCAAGGCACAUUGCAAGAAGGGUAGCUUAGAAGAAGCUGCCAAAGUAUUUUUAGAGAUGGAGGAAUCUGGGGUAACCCCAGGCGUCUUUGCUUACACAACAUAUAUUGAAGGGCUUUGUGUCAAUAAGAGCUCAGCUAUAGGGUAUCAAGUACUUCAAAAACUUAUAGCAGCAAAUAACCCGAUUGACAUGUAUGCUUAUACUGCCGUGAUUCGCGGGUUCUGUAACGAGGCAAAGUUGGCUGAAGCUGAGCGUGUCUUUCUUGACAUGGAAAAACUGGGUAUAGUCCCUGACUUGCAAACCUAUGGUGCAAUGAUUAAUGGCUAUUGCAACGGCUAUAAUUUGGUAAAAGCUUUGGCUCUUCACGAUGAUAUGGUGUUGAAAGGUAUAAAAACUAAUUGUGUGAUUGUUAGCAUGAUUCUUCAAUGUUUGUGUAAGAUGGGAAUGCAUUCUGAGGUUGUAAACCAGUUUAACAAAUUCAACGGUAUGGGGAUUUAUCUUGAUGAGAUUUCCCACAACAUUGUGUUGGAUGCUUUGUGUAAGCUAGGCCAAGCAGAGCAAGCUGUAGAAUUGUUUGAAAAGAUGAAGGGCAAGAAGUUGAGUGUAGAUAUUAAGCAUUAUACCACUCUCAUCAAUGGUUAUUGUCUCAAAGGAAACUUGGGCAAUGCCUUGAAUCUUAUGGAUGAAAUGAAGGAAAAGGGUUUCAAGCCUGAUAAUGUUACUUAUAAUGUUCUUGCUGCUGGGUUUUUUAGAAAUGGCCUCACAUCUAAGGUACUCUUGGAUUAUAUGGAGGCAGAGGGUAUAAAACCAGAUAGUGUGAUACACAAAAUGAUAAUAGAAAAUUUAUUCAAACGUGGAAAGGUUGAAGAAGCUGAAUUGUUUUUUAACUGUUUGAAAGUUAAAAGUCAGGGUAGCUGUUCUGCCAUGAUUAAUGGAUAUUGUGAUGCCGACAAUACACGAAAGGCCUACAAACUUGCUGUUAGAUUGUCAACCAAUGGAGCUUUAGCAAGUAAAAACUCCUACUAUAAACUACUCAGUAAACUUUGUAUGAACAGUGAUCAUAAAAGUGCUGAAAUGUUGCUCAACAUGAUGUUGGACUCGAAUGCAAAACCUACCAAAAUUUUCUACGACAAACUCAUAGCUUCUCUUUGCCAGACCAAAGAUGUGCAAAAGGCUCGGAGGAUUUUCAAUGAUUUAGUCAAGAAAGGGUUGACUCCUGAUAUCAUUAACUACACAAUGUUGAUAAACAGCUACUGCAAGGUAGACCGUUUGCAAGAAGCCUAUAAUCUGUUCCUAGAUAUGAAACAGAAAGGUAUCCAACCUGAUAUAACUACCUAUACAGUUUUGCUUGAUGCUCAUUUGAAAACAGAGACAAUGGAAAAAAAAGAAGCAAUUGGUGUUUCACCUAUUUUGACAGAAAUGCAGGAAAUGGAGAUAAGAUAUGAUGCCAUCUAUUACACGGUCUUUAUAGACUACCAUUCUAAGAAAAACAACAUUGAAAAUGCUAUUUCAUUUUUCAAUGAAAUGAUAGAAAGAGGAGUAGAACCUGAUACGGUGGCCUUUACAGCUCUUGUGUUGGGUUGUUUUCCUAAAGGAAAUCUGAGUAUGGCUGUAACCGUGUUUAAUAAGAUCAUUGAGAAUGAGAUGAUUACACAAGGUCCCUUCUCAAGGCAAAGAAAGUGUAACUUUGGAAUUAAGAAUAUGUGGAGAUCAUAAAUUUAGAACCAAAGAGAGUGGAGAAGCUUCCAUUGACGUAUUUUUGACGGCACCAUAGCAUGAUAACUUUGAUUAUGCUAUUUGACAUGUUCUCCAAGACAUGCCUGCCGAUGCUGAUGCUGAAAUCAGGAGAAAUCUACACUUAGACCUAGGAGAGCGACUUGUUUGAGCUCUUUGCCUACAUGCACUAGGAAAGGACUAUUGCUGUUAAAUUAACUUGAGAAACAGAAGAAGAAGAUGAAGAGGAACAAGGUUACCUUCAUGCCCUUGAAACAUGGAAGUUAUGAGGAUCCAUAAUAUGCUUCUAUUCCAUGUUUUUGUUAUGUAAAGGAAGGCAUUGCUUGUUGUGGAAGACUGAAAGUUUUGAGGAGAGCUAGAAAUUCAAUCUGCAAGACACAUUAUAUGGCAUGGAACAAGACACAUUAUAUGGCAUGGAAACGAAAAGCUCCAAAUGAGUAGCAGCUGAAGCUUAUAGAUGCACAUGCAAGUGUCUCAUCUCGUGGAAAUGCACCAGUAAUGGAUAGUGGGAGUACUUGAAUUUUUCUUCAUUUGACAUGCUAAACUGUUAGAUACAAAACAAUCAACAAUCAAAAUUGUUCACCUUCCCUCCUUCACUGUCAAAGAAUCUGUGAACCUGUAAAAUAAAAACAAAUAAAUAUUAUUUUAGAAAUUAAAAAAAUAUAAUAUAAUUAGGAUUCCCAAUCAUAUUUUGAUUGGACCACAAAA